AUGCAUCUCCUCGCUCUAGUCACCGUUGUAGCUUUCCUGUCGAAUUUUAUUGAGGCUAUUCCGCAAUUGGGUGGGAGUGGAAGUGGGAAUGGGAAUAGGGAUAUUGUAUGUGAUUCUCUUUUUUUGGUUUUUUUCUUCCUCUGAGGUUUUCUGUUUGGCUUUGGGCUUUAGUUUCUGGGGAGAUGGGGAUACAGAUAAAUAUACUAAUAAUCCCUCAGAAACAAAUUCAACAUAAACGAUGGGGUUGGCCUUGGAGUACUGACUCUGAUUCUGAUUCUAACAAAGGUGGACAUGGAAAAGGAGGAAAGGGUUGGAAUGAUGAUGAUGGGGAUGAUGGGGAUGAUGAUGAUUCGGUUGCGGAAACUAGGUCGCUCCUACCGUUUACACAUCCGUAUCUUGUGGCUGAGGCUACGGGUACAGUUGUAGCUGCUGCUGCGAGGUUUAGUACGGAGAUUUCUGGGUUGGGCAACUUGGGUGGAUUUUCGAGUUCGGUGAUUGGGAGUGGGAGUGAGAGUGGGAGGGCGAGGGUUACUGCUGCUUCUGCUGCUGCUACAGGUGUGGAUGCAGGUGCAGGUGCAGGUGCAGGUGUGGAAUUGCAAAAUAGUAUCUCGAUUAUGGCUACAGUCACGGAUCGAAUUCUUUCGCCUACUUCUCUCUCGGUUAACUCUACGCCAACAUCAAUCUCCACAUUCAUACCCACCACCUUAACAACCCUCUCACCUAGCUUCAUCCAAAACCAUACAUCCCUCACCCUCUGUCCCGCAAAUCCUACGAGCUUCAUCACCAUUACCGAAAAUUGCACGAGUACGUAUUGGAUUACUGUUUCUGCGGGUAGUGUGGAGGGAAGUACUACGGCUUUGGCUUCUACUUCUACUUCUAUUUCUUCCACGGGUCUUUCUACCAUUACACUGUUGUCUUCUUCGAUUUCGGGGGUGCCUUCUGCAGGGGGAUUCCUGUCUGUGGGGGCAAAUUCGACGGGUAUUUGGACAUCUACGUCGUUUCAAAGCUUGACGAGUAGUUCUGCUGCUGUAUCGGCGCAAUCUUCUAUUUCGGGAGUGGCUUCAGUUGGAUUUGUAUCUGUGGCGGCGAAUUCGACUGGGAUUUGGACGUCGAGUGCUGCUAGUUCUAGUGCGGUGGUGAGUAGGGGUUGGAGUACUGCGUUGGGAAAUCGUAGUACUACGGGGGCAAUGAGUAGUUCUUUGGUGGCUAGUGAGACUUUAGGGUUGGUGUCUUCUGGGUUGGGUGGGGUUACUUCUUCUUCUUCGUCUUCUUCUGUUGAAGCAUCAACAUCGUCAGUAGGAGAAUCGGCAUUUUCGAGUUCGAUUUCAACUGGAGAAUUGAUAUCGACUACGAUUUUGCUUUCUACUAGUACGCUGGCUUAUCCUUAUUCAUUUUCUUCCCCAUUAUCACUAUCAUUAUCAUCCUUAUCUUCAUUCUCAUCCACCCUCUCCUCCAUACCCUCAACCACAACCACACAAUCCAACACUUCAACCCUCACUCUCACCCUCACACCCACCCCCAUCGCAACCGGAACCACAAGUCUCCACCCAAGCACCACAAUCCAAUUCACAACCACCAUAACCACCAUCCAAAUAAGCGGAACACCAAACCCAGCAGCCGUACAUUGCGGUUUACAUGGUUUACCCGUUGGCGAUUAUUUUCUUGCCGAGUUUGUGGAGGAGAAAGCUGGGGUCCCGGUUACUUUGAGGGGAUGCUGGGAAUUUUGUUUUGUGAGUUUUCUUUUUUUGCUUUUUGUUUCUAUUUGUAUUUGGUUGGAAAUAUCAAUUCCCAGCUCAUAUCAUCAAUCCUCUCUUUAUUUCCCUGGAAAUUCUUCUUCCCCAAUUCCUCAUCUACUACUCUAUAUCUAAUUACUAACACCUCAUCCCAUUCAAUAGGGCGUAUACGGUAUAGAUAAAGGCUGCGAAUCGUAUUCGUUUUUUCCGGAACCGGGAACGGGUGCUCCUAGGUGUGAUCUUUUUGGAGGUAGUGUGGCGCAGAGUUUGGAUAGUAUUAUUCCGAGUGUGCCGAAUGUUUGGUUUGAUUUGGAGUGUGGGGAUCCGGGGUUGUUGGGCUGA